AUGGGCGCUGCAUCAAGCCACAGCCCACAACCGUUCACAAUCUCCCCUCCCCUCGACGUUCUGCGCCACAUCGUCGAAAUCGCCGCCUUCGAUGAUCCGGAAAGUGCUUGCUCGCUAGCUCGGGUCUCGAGGGACUUCCAGGCGUGGGUUGAGCCUGUCUUGUAUAGGACCGUCGUCCUAUCUUUCAAAAGCCAUGUCGCCAACUUCGAAACCACGAUAAGAACCCGCAGAGUCCUUCAGAAGUACGUCAAGGACCUUGUCGUCCGUUUCCCCGCUUGUCUUCCAGUCCCCCUCCUCGCCGAAUGCUGUGCAUCCCUUGAGAGCUUGUAUAUUGAUGUCGGGGACCUCAACCGGCUCCAGGAUCUGCCAGCAUUGCCCUCGUCUCUGAAGCAAAUAACUACGUGUGGACCCUCGUACCUUGGAUCUUUGUCUUCACUACCCCCGCAUUCCAACCUCACCCACCUAGUUUGUGUCGGUGACAUACCUCGAAACGUGGACCAAGAUCCUGCGUCUUUCCCCAUGCUCACCCACUUCGCAUGUCACUAUCGAGUCCAAGGGGGCGUUGCGAGCAUCCUACCCGAAAUGACUGCAGCACAGUUGAUCAACGUGCUAGAGCCGGUCCUACGCACACUCCUUCGGUGCAACACCCUGCAGGUUUUCAUACUUCUCGUCCAAGACGAUGGGUGCCCCACUGUACCUUCUGAAGUCCAGAUAAGAAGCCGCAUGUUGCAUGACCUGUCGGAAUACCUUUCGGAUGAUCGCGUCGUUCUGAUGGGAGUUCCGCCACGCACGGUGCCAACGUCCAACUUGCUUGAGAAUUGGGACUAUAGGACAGGACGCAUGUGGUAUACAGCGAGAAGGAUAGCAGAGAGUAGGAAGCACAUGUAUUCCGCGUUAUAG